GCCAGGGUGUCUAUUACAUUACGAUUCAUAUUUGGAGUCACCACUGAAGAUAUAUAAGGAAGAGAUCAGGGCCCCGGAGAGCACUGCAGUCCACAGCUCGAGUCUUCUCAAACUACCUUCAACACCGAAAGACAACAGAGCUAAAGAUGGCAUUCGCCGGAGUCCUGAGCGACGCUGACAUCACUGCAGCACUGGAGGCAUGCAAGGCUGCUGACUCCUUCAACCACAAGACAUUUUUUGCCAAGGUCGGCCUGUCCGGCAAAUCCGCCGAUGAUGUCAAGAAGGCUUUCGCAAUCAUUGAUCAGGACAAGAGUGGCUUCAUUGAGGAGGAUGAGCUUAAACUGUUCCUGCAGAACUUCCAGGCUGGUGCCAGGGCACUGACUGAUGCUGAGACCAAGGCCUUCCUCAAGGCUGGGGAUACCGAUGGUGAUGGCAAGAUUGGAGUUGAUGAGUUCGCUGUCUUGGUUAAGGCAUAAAAGGUUUCCGACCAACAACACCUCUUGCUCUGAAGGAACAACUUUGCCCAAGACCUCCCAUUUUCAACUUACUAUAAAUAAUUUUUAUAUUCAUGAUGCUUAUGAGAAGUUUCCUCCCAUGCAGCACACUGUCAAAAAUGAUGACUGUGAAUGUAGCAGUUGUGUCUCCUGUCUUAAAUAUGAAUUUUGCUUACUGUAAAAUCUGAUGCACUUUUACGGGAACGGACGAUAGGAAAAGAAUAAAUAUUCUUUUGCAAUAUCGACUUAUUUUCCUUUCUUGUUCAAAAUCGGAAGCGUUUUUUGCUGUAUACAAAAGGUUUCUAAUAAGAAAUGGACUAAUAAGGAACUACAUUGUGAACUCGGAAAAUCCAUCACUAUCAUCAGAUACACCACCAUUACCAAUUGUUGUUGACAGUUGUUGGCAAAUAAUUAUUUAAGAUGUCUGUUUGUUUAUUAUUUAAUAAACACAAUUUAAUAACCUAAA